AUGUCUGUUAAACGACAAGCGACUACUGAAUUAAAUCAUGACAAUUGGGAUCAGGAUGAUCCUGCAGACCAUGAAGAAAUGGGAACGUUUAAAGUAGCUACUAAGGAUCAGCUUGAAAAACGUGUUAUCAGAACUGCAAAAAGACGAAGUACCCAACUCGGUGGAGACGAGCCCAAGAAAAGUGUCUUCAGUGGAUUCAGCGGCUUCAACAAAGCACAACCAUCAUCAUUUGAAUUUUUGUCGAAAUUGACCAGUAAUGGCCAGAAUGGCAGUAAUGACAGCAGCAGUGCAGCCAGUAAAGCAGAUUCUUCAGUGACAUCCAGUUUAUUUUCAAGUAAACCUCUUGCCAGUCCAAGCAGUGGUAUAUUUGGCAAUCAAUCAAACGCUACUACUAGCAAAUCUCUAUUUGGAUCACCUGCAACACAGACAGGCUCAAGUUCUUUAUUUGGAAUACCUUCUCAAAAUACAAGUUCAUCUACAUUUAUUACAUCUAAAGCAGAUUCAACUGUCAAAGAUUCCCCAUUUAAAAUCCAAACUGUUACUAGUUCCACAGAUAAUUCUGACUCCACAACACCAACUUUAACUAAAACAUCAAAUUUAUCUGUUACUACCAUGAAAUUUGACAUUCCAUCUAGCAGUGCUAAUGUAACAAAAUCGUUAUUCUCUAACACAGCCAAUUCUUCUUCACCCUUUAAAAUUCAAACAACAUCAAAUGCUACUUCUGCUACUACUACAACAAAGAACACUUUUGGCAUAUCAUCAAAACCAGAUUUAAAUUCAAUUCAAUCAGAAAAAAAAGCGGAUGAUACUAAGAAUGAUAAGAAAAUGAAAUAUUAUUCAAAAUUAAAAGGCUUGAAUGAAUCUGUAUCUGAAUGGAUAAACAAGCAUGUGGUACAAACUCCACUCUGCAUACUUACACCUAUAUUUAAGGACUAUGAAAAGUAUUUAAAAGAAAUUGAAGAUGAAUACAAAGGUUCAGAUGAAGAAGUGAAUAAAAAUUCAAUUGCUGAAAAUAAAUCACUCUUUGGCAGUGAUGCUAAAAAACCCUCAAUUUUUGGUUUGCCCCCCAAAUCAGAUGCAGUUCCUGUUUUAACAACUCAAAGUAGUUCAUCACCAGAAAAACAGAGCUCAUUCUCCUUUGGUAUUGGAUCAAAUACUAAUACUUCAAGUACAAUCACAACCAGCUCUGCAGGAUUCUCUUUUGGAGCUAUUACAUCAAGCACAGCUAGUGCUGCUCCCUCUCCCUUCUCAUUUGCCACAUCUACAAGCACAACUGCAGCCAAUGGAACUGCUGCACCAUUUUCAUUUGGAAUUGGAAAGCCUUUUAGUUUUAAUUCUAAUAUCAAACAAAGCACAGAGACUACUGUAGAAGCAAAUGAAGAAGAUGACACACCACCUAAAGUUGAAUUUACACCUGUUGUAGAAGAGAAUUCAGUUUAUGAUAAACGUUGUAAAGUUUUUGUUAAAAAAGAUGGCAACUUUGUUGACAAAGGUGUUGGCACUCUGUACAUCAAGAAAAUUGAGGAAAGCGGGAAACACCAGCUUCUUGUCAGAGCUAAUACUAACCUGGGAACCAUUUUAGUUAAUUUGAUAUUGGUGUCUGCUAUUCCUACACAACGUAUGGGCAAAAAUAAUGUCAUGUUGGUAUGCAUACCCACUCCAGAAUCUAAGCCUCCUCCAACACCAAUCUUAAUCCGAGUGAAGACUUCAGAAGAAGCUGAUGAACUACUACAAACUUUAGACAAAUAUAAAAAAUGA